AUGAACACGUCUUUCACCUUUCCUAAGCCUCAGGCUGCCGUACCGCGCCAGCAGCUACCCAGGCCAGCCGGGUCUUCGCAACCUAACGCUCGCGAAUCAAAUGCGCUCAGGGCCUCCGUGCUUGAUGCUGCACUCGAACUGGGGAUAGGCAGCAAUUCUCUUGUUACGGACUGGAUGUUCAAUAACCCUCUGGCCGAAGAGGACGAAGAAGAGGAUCACACAUCUUCUCCAAGCUUGACGUAUGGCUCCUCUGCGACCUCCGAGGAGUCCUCCUCUUCGGCACUCACGCCCUCAUCUUCCACUUCAUCUUCAAAGUUCUCCGGCGCAGGCGCCCCUUCCAAUUACGCGAAGCCGGCACCCAGGUUGGACGGUAUGUUGCGUAUCAACGAAUCCGAAUCCGAAUCCGCAUCACCAUCGACAGGUUUUGACAGCAGCUUUGCAAGCAGCAAUACUAUGGCUUUCCCGGAUAUUCCUGUACCUCCACAGCCGGUUAUACCUGCGCCCAGGAAAUUAAAGAAGAAGCACAGAGGCGAUGGGUAUGAAAGUGAUGGCGGCUACAUUAGUGAGGCUGCGGGAAAGAAAGAAAAAAAGAAAGUGGAUGCCAUUGCGUUCCCGAGUAUGGAGACACCGAAGGAAGCGAAGAAGCGCGCGAAAGAGGCGAAGAAAGAGAUACCGGAAGGCGGCGAGAGGAAGAAGAAAAAGAGCCUGAUAUCAGCCGUCAAAUCCUCGAAAAAAUCAGAGAGCAAAGACGGCGAAAAGGGAUACGACACAGACGGCGGCGGUAUAUUGUCUAGUGGCAAGAAAGGCAAAGACAAGAAAUCGAAAUCCAAAGUGCCGUCUGAAGAUAUCACGGGAGGCUACGAAACUGACGGCGCUGUCAAAAAGUCAAAGACAAGAUUUUUCAAGUUGUCAAACAAAGCCUCGCGUCCCGAUUUGCGCACGGAAGCUGUGCCGGCGAUGCCGAUGCCGCCGAUACCUAAAGAAGUGGUACCUCUGCCGAUCGCUGAGCGGUUUGCCACAACACUGGGCAAUCCAACGACGGCUGAAAAUUCGACAACAAAUCCUCCUCUUGCUUUAUUAUCUUCUUCGACUUCUGGUAAGGCCGAAGGUUCUUCAACGCCUCUUCCACCACUUGCCUUUCAGUCAUUUGCUCCUCCAUCUCCCAUCAGUGCAGAGGUUGUGCCUCUUUCGAGAGUCAUCCCACCUUCGCCUAUAGCACCUGUUGGAGAUCGAACCUCACAUUCGUCUUCAGAGUCGUCUUCUUCAAAUUCUAGAAGGCAGGCAGGCCAAUUCUCUCCUCCGCCAAGUAGUAGCGGACAUGGGCAUGGUCAUGGAAGCGGGAGUCAUUCCACGCUCACAUCAAACCAUACGACCGAACGACCCUUUUCACCAGUCAAUGGAACCAUACCGUCUCCUCCAAACUCUGCAGGGGUCUCAUCCGGUCCCAAUCACCUGAAACCCCCUUCCAUCUCAUAUCCGAAUACACGUUCCUUGUCUCCUCUUCCGAGCAGAGGCGUUUCUCCAAUGAACUCGCCUCCGGUUUCUCCAUUACAUAUCGCCAAAGGAGGCUUGCGAGUACGGCCUAGUCUCGAGAAUAUGGGCUACACCUCGCGCGAGAACUCUGUUUCGCCUAUGCCGAUAUCCCCCAUCUCGCCAAUGAUGAGCACACCGUUACGCUCAGCGGUUUCGUCGCCUACACUCGGUCUUCCACCUCAACCUUACGCGUCGUCGGGUGUACCAGGAAGUCCCACCAGCAGACUACGCUCACGUUCGCCUGUUGGCCUUCCUACUAGCCCAUCUCUUAAUACUUUUAUAUCUCAUCCAAUCACAGCUGUCGACCAGUCCCAGUUGACCGUUAACUCACAAGAGUACAGUGGUCCGUCUCACAGAAACUCUGGUCUUCCUAGUCCCAACGUCUUGGCAUAUUACGAUAUUCCACCCCCCAGUCCUCCGCCCAUGGGACCGCUUCCUACACUGCCAGCACAAGCAUCUUGUUCUUCAAAUACAACUGGUUCCGCCAACACCAGCGCGGCUGGCAAUCUAAACCCAGGAGGAUUCCCCUCUGCCGCCGUCCUCCGCCAGCGCGUGAUCGACCGCACACCACGCCAGCUCCCUCCUGACUUUCUGCAGACGCAGGCGAACAUCCAACGCGGGAAGGAAUCACCUUUCCCCUCGCGGCCUGUCCCGCCGUCGUCGCCGAUGCCUCUCACAGGCACGAGGCGGUACCGCGAUUUGUACCCGCCUGGCCAGGUACCACCCGUUGCGGCUGUGAGUCCUGAGCGCGUGCGGAGGGACAGAGGGUUUGAUGAUGUGGAUGGACCCACGGAGCGCCAUGCGCGCUUCCGGGACGAGUUGAGCUGGAUCAAUACAGAUACAGCUACGGGGAUGCCAAAGGAGCGGAGUCAAUGGCAGGAUGAUGAUGAUGGCGACAGCGAUGCGGAAGAGGUGGGUGCAUACGAUGGUGUCCACGAGGAAGAUGACGAUCUGGAUGAGUCGGCUGAGGAUCUAAAGGGUGUACUGGACAGAUUUGAAGGCCGCAGGUCCGAGGGCAGUGAUCGUGUGCUCCCCGAACGUGCACUGGGGCGCAGUCAUUCGCCUGAAAUGCUCAAGGGCAGCAACAACGACAGCAGCAGCAAGAACAGCCUCGACGCAACAUCCAGCACCGAAGCUGACCGCGACCCUCUGACGCCCACAGGUGCAUAUGCGGACUCGCGAACGCACGCCCAGGGGCGGUCAACUGUAUCCACGACCGCGGACCUGAUGUACAACCGCGAGUCACAAUAUACGUUUGACGACUCUCUGACGGUCGGAGACCGCAUGAGUCGAUGGAGCGGGAGCAUAUACAGCCGGGCGAGCAUGCUCGAUGCCGAUGCUAGCGGCGAGACGCGGGAGAGGCUCGUCAGGCAGGUCGAGGAGAUGCUGGCGAAGGAGGCUAGGCGCGGUGGAGGGGGAGCCAAGUCUGAUUAUAUCCCUCCUGUACCAAGAAUACCCGAUGCGUAUGCGAACGCGAACCGCAGCGCACACUUGAAGGCGGAUGAUGCGGGCGUGCUGCCGGAUGCUACUCCUGCCAGGAGCUGGAAUAGGUUUUGA